CCUGAAACCAGCACCAACGCCUUCUCCUAAUUAUUUGAUCAAUUUCACGGUACUCUUGCUACGAAUAUGUCGUCAUCAGGGAUCACGAACCGAGCUUGGAUCUUGGCCAACAAACCCCAGGGUACUCCAACCAUAACUGGCAGCAAUGCGACAUUCAAACUUGAGUCGCGACCGUUGCCUGAACUGAAACCUAACCAGGUCUUGGUCAAAUCGUUGUACUACAGCAAUGACCCAGCGCAACGUGGCUGGAUCUCGGCAAAUAUCCCAGGGGAUCGACUGUAUGUUCCCCCAGUCAAUGUUGGAGAACCUAUGCGUGCCAGAGGAUUGGGGGAAGUCCUUGAAAGCACCUCAGAAAAGAUUAAGAAGGGCUCCAUUGUCCUGGGAGCGCUCAACUGGAACGAGUAUGCGGUCUUGGACGAAAGUGCCGCUCGAGUCGUGGCAGAACUCCCCGGUGGCUUGAGCAUCACCCACUGGUUGGGUGCUUUGGGUGGCACCGGUCUAACAGCGCACUAUGGCCUGGUUGAUGUCGGGGAGGCUAAGAAGGGUGAGAAGAUUGUCGUUUCUGGCGCUGCGGGAGCCACCGGUUCCAUGGUCGUCCAGAUCGCCAAACACAUUGUUGGGGCUUCCAAUGUGAUUGGUAUUGCCGGCACAGAUGACAAGUGUCGAUGGGUUGAGUCGUUGGGAGCGGACAAGUGCUUGAACUACAAAUCAUCGACAUUUGCAGCCGACCUCAAAGAGGCCACCAAAGAUGGUGUCGAUGUUUAUUUUGACAACGUGGGAGGAGAGAUCCUUGACCUCAUGCUGGGUCGUAUGUCCAUGUACGGUCGAAUUGUGGCUUGUGGCGCCAUCACAGGAUACAAUUCAGAAGAGCCAUGCAUUCUAUCCAACUACUUUCAAGUCAUCUCUAUGAGGCUUCAGAUCCGAGGUUUCAUUAUCAUUGACUGUGCUCCCAAGCGAGUCGCCGAGAUUACCCAGCUGUUCCAAGACGCCAUCAAGGACGGAAGACUCAAGAUUGGCGAUGCAAACGAGACAGUCGUGCCCACCGCGUUCGAGGACGUCCCCAAAACAUGGUUGGGACUCUUCUCUGGAAAAAACACAGGCAAACUGGUGACCAAGUUGUGA